GGCUCCCAAAAGCGUUCGAAGCGAAAAAUAUCAACACCAACAAUGGCGUGUCGAACCCUAACAACGCGCUCCCUCCUCCUCCUCUCCGACCCAUCGUGGCGCCUCUCCCCUCGAUCCCCACCCCCCCACCUCCUCCUCCUCCGAUCUAGGGUUAGGGUUCCGCGCUCCGGCUCCGCCGCCGCGGCCGCUCCCUUGCGCUGCUCCUAUGGCGGCGAGGCCGCCCCGUCGUCGUCGUCGUCCCCCGCGCCCAACCCCGACGAGCAGGGCCCGCCGCAGGAGGCCGUGCUCAAGGCCAUUUCGGAAGUAUCCAAAUCUGAAGGGAGAGUUGCACAAACUACAAAUGUUGUUAUCGGUGGUACUGUGACAGAUGAUGCUACUGAUGAAUGGAUUGUGCUGGAUCAGAAGGUCAAUUCAUAUCCCAUGGUUAGAGGGUUUACUGCAAUUGGUACUGGAGGUGAUGAUUUUGUCCGAGCAAUGGUUGUUGCCGUUGAAUCUGUUCUCCAAGAACCAAUUCCAAAGGGUCAGGUAUCUCAGAAAUUAUCUUCAAGGGGAAAGUAUGUGUCUGUAAACAUUGGGCCUAUUCGUGUUGUCUCCAGUGAGCAGGUUCAAGCCGUGUAUAAUGCCAUGAGAAGAGAUGAUAGGAUGAAGUACUUUUUGUAGACUCUGCAUACCUAUUUAUAUGCUUUCAACACCUCUCACGGUUCCAGAUUGUCGCCUUCUUGUAGCAGCACUCUUAGCAUUCAUAUGCUAAUGCAAUUUAUCUCGUUUGUGAGGUCUCAGCAGGUUGGAGUUUACUGCUCAAGAGGAAAGCACAAUGAAAGGCCAUUUGUUGUUUCCAUCAAUUCCCAAAAAAUCCAGUAACUAUCCUGUAUAUCUAGUUAUUUGCUCUAACAUUUGCUGUUAACUAUAAGACUUGAUGAUUUUGAUUACCAUUGUAGCAUAGGUUCAAAUCUGUCGGUUUUUCGUGCUACCAUGUUGAGCAUAGGAUGAUGUUGUUAGUGGCUAAAUGCAGUUGAUCACAUUAGGAAAAAUAUAUAAAAAGAAAAUGUAUGUUUAGUUCGAA